GGAGCCUCAGUGAUGUCAAGGCGGGAAAGCUCACAGUGUGUGUUUGAUUCUCAAUAAUGACAGAAGACAGCCAAGAUUCAGUGCGACGAUAAACGCUCGCGUUUCUUAAAGGCGCAGCUGCAUCCGGCGACACCUUCAUCCUCCAGCGGGCUCGUGCGUCAUCCCGAGGUCUCCCUCACAUCUGGACUGACACCAAAUCCACCGACACAGCGUCAAUGCACGCGGCGGAACGCGGGGAAAUACUCGACGUUUGACGCGUUUGGAGCUGCGGGCUUUCAGUGCUCAUUCGGGUGGAGUCGAGCUCGUUUUUUUUACGGCUGUACUGAAGUCUGAGCGCUGGCACACCUCAGGUGCGUGAGAUUGUGAUCUGUUCUUGUGUUUCAUCAGGACUCAAUCAUGAAGGACGGAAUGGCCAAUAACAGCACGGCCAGCAUCUCUCAGGCCCGCAAGGCUGUGGAGCAGCUCAAGAUGGAAGCUUGCAUGGAUAGGAUAAAGGUCUCCAAGGCGGCUGCGGACCUGAUGGCUUACUGCGAUGCACAUAUACGAGAGGAUCCGCUAAUCGUACCGGUCCCGGCCUCAGAAAACCCCUUCAGAGAGAAGAAGUUCUUUUGUACCAUCCUCUGAGGCCGGACCAGGCUGCAGGUUCUGCCGUGAGAUUCUGUGUCCCUGACUGCUUUGUUUGAGCGGCAGUCACUUCUGUUAAUGGAUCCGAUCCCUCCUGAAGACCUGUGAGGGGUUUUGGGGGGUGAAAGCUCAGUCGGAGCGUUUCAUGUCAUGUUAAAUAGGUUUGUUAUUGCUUCGUCUUUAGAGAUCAGCCUCACUUCUCACCGCUUAUGAGAUGAGAGAGUUUUGUGUUUCGUUUCGUUACGCUUCAUAUCUCGUGCCACAGAAGUCGUCGAAUCCCCGAUGGGUAGCCAUUUUGUAUUUAGACAUUUUUAUAAGCUGACUACACUACCAGUCAAAGAUUUGCACGCUUGACCUUCUUUCUCAUGAUUCAAAUGUUUAUAUAAAUUGAGCUGGAUGAGGUUUGAUGUCUGAAUGAGGGGCUGUGAUUUAUACAAUGUGUAGCUACUUUAAAGAAGGUCAGAUUUGAACAUUUCUGAUCACUAUGUUAUUAUUUCUAUACUUUUAUGUGUGUUAUUUAUGAUGGAGAAUGAGUGGGUGUGGCCAAACCUUUGACUUGUAGUGUAUGUGUAUUUUCAUUAGAAUGACUUACCCCAUUUUAUUAUGAUGAUGUUUAUUAUAGACUCAAGGCAGAAAUGUUUAAGCAUUUUUUUUUUAAAGUCAACAAGCAGUUUCCAAAUUCCAUUGUGACAAACAGACCAGGUUUUGAUACCUCAUGGAAAAAUAAGAUUCUCCAUUAUAAUCAUGUCAGUAUUUGUAACGUUACACUUUUUAUACCCCUCCCAAUCUGGGAAAUAUAUAAUAUUCAGUGCAAAUUCAAUUUGAAUUUAAAGGUUUUUAUUGAAAAGUGAGUCUUUACGCUGCUGUUUGCUAUUGGUUUUGCCGUUGUGUUGUGCAUCUGGUGUUAAAUGAGGGUUUGACGGUACAGAUGUUUUAUCUGCCAUCGCACAGACUGAUGCCCCAUCUGGCACAUAGACUCCAGUGAGAUGCAUGUAACCGGAAGGACUAACUAGAUUACCCAGUUGAUUUCAGAACAGUUUUCCUAAUCACGUGUGCCGAUUACUGUGAGAAGACAUUUUUCCUUAUUAUCACAAGGUUAUUUGGAAACUUCCCACAAUGCAAACCAGAGAAUUGUUUUUACAAAUCACUUUUUCCCUAAUGAUAUUAAUUUUAUUUCACGAUCUCUGAAUGGCCUUAUGGAGGCUAGGCAUGUUUUACAGUAGAAAUAAUUUGAUUUGCCUGUCCUGAUAUAAACAUCAAGGCCUUUGACAGAAAUGCCAAACAGAGAGGCUGCAUGUUUACCUGCUGUGUGUGUGUUUCUCUAUGAGAGAUUGUGUGAGUAUAGAGAGAUUGUUUCUGAGUGCCAAGUACUGUGACUAUGGCGUGUCCUCUACACUGUUAUUUCACAGGCUUUUUCCUAUUUAAAACAAAAAGCACAAUGUCAUUUUUUUUCUUUGUAUCACUGUUAUUUUAGUCUAACCUUUGCUAAUUUAUACAAAUCAAAGUGUUAUAUUUAAUGCACAGCACCUGUUUUGGGUGUUGUUUUAGUAUCCUGUAUUAAAGCCCCUUUAACGUGUGCACAGGUGGAUGUAGGCCGACGGUCACCUUUUGCCACAUUUGAAAUGCUAACUUUGCAUGAGACAGCCUUCAGGUUAAGAAUAAACACAUGUAUGUGUAUGUAGGGUGGAUAUUUUAGAAAUUAAGUUUAAAAGAUUUUAAGAUUACUUUUAUAAUGCUAGUAAUGCUCUGUGUGUUUAAUAAGAAAUGGAUGGUUAGUUUUUGGUUGGUUUUCCAGGUGAGUUUAAACGGAUGCCCAUAUAAUUUCUACUAAAUUAUGAAUAAUUCCAAAAUGUAAAUUGUCUUUAAAACUAUUAUUAGUAUUAUUUAACAAGCAUAACUUGCAUGGACUAAUACCCUAUUUAAAUAUUAGAACUUUGAGAUACAUUGUAAUUGAAAUGAUGCCUAAAUGUUUGGAUUUGUUGGUGCUUUUCUGCACUAUUCUCUUUUAGAAGUCUGAAUGUUUAGAUCUGUGCAGUUGUACAAAUUAAUAAACAUUUCAAAACUC